AUGGAUGACGUCGUGGAUCGCCGUCAGACUGGGACCCCGCCCAUCACCAUCAUGUCCCCACAGGCACCGAGGAUGUUACGCACACCAUCCGCUCAGAGGACUGAAGGAGCUGGUAAGAUCAACAUCGAAGAAGUCGCUCGCAAUGCAGCAAAGCAGAAGAAGAAAAAGAAGCGCAACGCAAAGGCCGGAGCACCAGCUACGACAGUUACACGAGGCUUCCACACCCCCGGUGCUUCGGCCGGAGAGGAGUCGGACAUCUCGGCGCUGAGUACGCCUAGAAUAGGACCCAGCACCGCAUACUCGAGUAUCACGAACAGCCCAGCACUUCGACCCCAAACAGGCCCAUCUGGCAUUAGCGCGCUGAAGCAGCAGCUUGAGCAUCUGAGUAUUAGCCAAGCCUUGAAUGGUGCGGAGACUCCUGCACAACUGCUGCAGAGAUGCGAGAGCAACACCACUAUGAGCACCGAAAGUGGUAUAUCGACCGGUAGCGACAGCGACCGAACCGAAACGGAGACGUAUGAAAUCGGCCUGGAAGAGGAUUUCAUGAGUCCUGAUGCCACGGAGCCACCAAAGUCUGCACUAACUGUGGACCUGGCUGCUUCGCGCCGACCGACCAUGUCGCGCAAGAUGACCGCCGCCGACUUUGAGCCCCUAAACUGCCUUGGAAAGGGCGCAUACGGUACAGUCUUGCUCGUCCGGCAGCGUGGGACCGGUCGGCUGUACGCACAGAAGCAGUUUCGCAAAGCUUCCCUGACCGUUCACAAACGGUUGAUCGAGCACACCAAAUCCGAACGCGCCAUCCUAGAGAGCGUGAACCGCCACCCCUUCAUCGUGAAGCUCUACUACGCCUUCCAGGACCAGGAGAAGCUCUACCUCAUUCUCGAAUACGCCCAAGGCGGCGAGCUCUUCCACCACCUCAGCGCGGAGAAGAUGUUCGACGAGGAAAAGUCGGCCUUUUACAUGGCCGAAAUGGUCCUGGCACUCGAGCACCUGCACUUCAACCUCGGCGUCGUCUACCGCGACCUCAAGCCCGAAAACAUCCUCCUCGACGCCGACGGCCACCUCCUCCUCACGGACUUUGGCCUGUCCAAGGUCUCGGUCGAGGGCAGCGAGUGCAAGUCCAUGCUCGGCACAAUCGAGUACAUGGCCCCCGAGGUCGUCCGCGAAGCCCCCUACGGCAUGGCCGUCGACUGGUGGUCGCUCGGCGCCCUCGGCGUCGACCUCAUGACCGGCUCCGCCCCCUUCACCGCCAACAACACCACCAAGAUCCAGGAGAAGAUCCUCAAGGCGAAGCCCCACCUGCCCUACUUCCUCAGCCUCGACGCAAAGGACAUUCUCACCCGCUUGUUGAAUAAGAAUCCGAAGAAGCGCCUCGGCGCGAAUAUGCCGAGGGACUUGGGCACGAUUAAGGGGCAUCGGUUUUUUCGCAGGAUUGAUUGGCGGGCGCUUGAGCGCAAGGAGCUUGUGCCGCCGAUUGUGCCUGUUAUUACGGAUCCCGCGCUCGCGGAGAAUUUUGAUCCGGAGUUUGUGGGGUUGAGUUUGAGUCCGGUUGGUUGUGGGGUGGGGCUGGGGAUGGGUGAGAAUAAUCCGUUUGGCGGGUUUAGUUAUGUUGCUAGUGAGAGUUUGAUUGAGAGUGGGUUUUUGCCGGCGUUUUGA